GGUGGCAGUCUGGGCAGUGUAGGCUCAACCAACAGCAUGACUCCAGUCAUUGCAUCAUGGAACAACCCUUUCUGCAGGCAUCUGGGAAUUUAUUCACAUGGCUCCCGAAGAAGUGACCAUCACAGUUCGCCUCAUUCGUUCCUUUGAACAUCGCAAUUUCAAACCUGUAGUGUAUCGUGGGGUUAACUUGGACCAAACCGUAAAGGAAUUUAUAGCAUUUUUAAAGCAAGAUGUCCCUUUAAGGACCAGCCUGCCACCACCGUUCAGAAAUUAUAAAUAUGAUAAACUAAAGAUCAUUCACCAAGCACAUAAAUCAAAGUCAAAUGAACUUGUGUUGAGUUUGGAAGAUGAUGACAGACUCCUGCUAAAGGAAGACAGAACUCUGAAAGCAGCUGGAGUCGCCAGUGAAACUGAAAUUGCAUUCUUCUGUGAGGAAGAUUAUAAGACCUACAAAGCUAAUCCCAUUUCAUCCUGGUGAAAACGUCUCGGGGGCUGCCUUUUUGCAUACCUGUAUUAAGCUCUUUAUUCCACUACUGAGUUUUUGAAAUUGACAAACAAAUCUUAAAAAAUUAAUCCCAGGCUCUACUAUUUGAGCCAAAAUCUGGUGAUUUCUCUCUCUGCAGUUCUCCUCUCUCUCUCUUUCAUGUCGUAAAAUAAUAUAUUAUGAGAAAAACAUUUGAUUUUUUAAAAGUGAAGUAAACUGUUAUU